AGCGAGCUGUGCCGCACUUUGUCCAGCUUGAAGGCCAUGGAAGACGAAAAGAAGGACAAUUCCAGCACGGAUAGUUCGGACAAGGCCACGAAGAAGGAUGGCAACGAACCCUUCUUUGCCAGCAACCUGGAGUACUAUCCGCAUCUGCCGCAGGUCUACUAUUCCGAGCAGUACCAAACCUUUGCCGAUCUGAAGGCCAUGGUGUGCAAGGGGAUCUCACCCAGUUGAAGCCGC